AGUGAGCACUGAGCAGACAGUCAGCGAAUGGGCAGCACUUACAAGUAUAUAGUGUGUAUAUGCACAAAUAUAUAUAUAGAGAUUGAAUUAAAAGAGGGCGGUGUUAUUGUCCUAUGCCAACAGCUUGCAGAUUUCUAUUGCCCUCCUCCUCAACGUGCAAUUAAAAUGUAAAGGCAAUGUUAUUCUUAUACCGGAGUUCCCAAGUCAAUGAUGGAGGGUGGAGAAAGGAGCUGCAGCUGCUGUAAAGGAAAUGCCUGUGCUCUUAGUACGUGGGUGAGGCGAGUGUCUCACUGACUUGACCACUCAAUCCCUCGUGAUCGUGGGGAUCUGUUGCGUGUCCUUUCCACGAUUGUCAUUUCACUCAGUGGGAAGCUUCCUCCCCCCUCCUUUUCUCAUCUUCUUUAUCACCACUCCCCCCACCACCACCAUCUCCACCUCCCCUCCUUCCCUCCCCCAUCACUCCGGCUUCACCAGCUCCCGGCGAGAAUCACCAACUGCCGCCUUCAGUCUUGCUUGCACUGGGGAGACAGUGAGAGAAGGAGAGCGGCCGCCGGGGGGGGACACCAUGCAGGAUUAAGCUCGCCAAGCAUUGGCUACGAGUCGCCGCCUCUAAGGGCCACAUUGGGAAGGAACCCCCAUCUCCUCUUCCAUACAGGUCCCUGGCAGAUAUGGUGAAGCUGCCACGCCUCGGAAAACAGUUCCUGCCUGACAGAUCAGGAUCUACAGAACAUUUGGAUCGCAUUUUCCCAAAACACAGAAAUUCAACAUGGAACUAUAUCCAAGACCUAUUUCCAGAAGCCCUCUUUGAGUUCUUUUUUUUGCCUCUUCUUCCUUAACAUGAACUUGAGCUAUUAACUGGUUUAUUUGCAUUGGGUUAAUAAUCAAGGGAGUAGAAUCUCAACUUUUACUGCACCCAACUGGAAUUUAAAAUCGAUAUUUGACUUUUCUGAAGAACUGGUGAAGAUGGCAAAUAAUUCAGUUGCGUACAGUGGUGUAAAAAACUCUAUAAAUGAAGCGAAUCAUGGAGGAGAAUUUGGAAUUACUGUUGAAGAGCUCCGAGAUCUCAUGGAAUUGAGGUCAACGGAUGCAUUAAAAAAAAUACAGGAUUGUUAUGGUGAUGUGUUUGGAAUUUGUAGUAGAUUGAAAACCUCCCCACAUGAAGGUUUAAGUGGGAAUCCAGCAGAUAUUGAAAGGAGGCAAGAAGUAUUCGGGAAGAAUAUUAUACCCCCCAAAAAGCCAAAAACAUUUCUUCAGUUAGUAUGGGAAGCACUACAAGAUGUUACUUUAAUUAUAUUAGAAAUAGCAGCCAUAAUCUCAUUAGGCCUUUCUUUUUACCGACCUACGAGUGAGGAUAAUGAUUCUUGCGGAGACUCCGCUGGUUCGGUUGAGGAAGGUGAGAGUGAGGCAGGUUGGAUUGAAGGAGGUGCAAUCCUUGUAUCCGUUGUGUGUGUGGUGUUAGUAACUGCUUUCAAUGACUGGAGUAAAGAAAAACAAUUUAGAGGCUUGCAGAACCGCAUCGAACAAGAACAGAAAUUUACCGUCGUUCGUGGGAGCCAAGUUAUUCAAAUACCAGUAUCUGACAUAGUUGUUGGGGAUAUAGCACAAAUUAAAUAUGGGGAUUUGCUGCCUGCAGAUGGAGUACUUAUUCAAGGAAAUGAUCUUAAAAUUGAUGAAAGCUCAUUAACUGGAGAAUCUGAUCAUGUUAAGAAAACACUGGCGAAAGAUCCCUUGCUGCUUUCUGGGACACAUGUUAUGGAGGGGUCUGGAAAAAUGAUUGUCACUGCUAUUGGUGUGAAUUCACAAACUGGAAUAAUAUUUACUUUACUUGGAGCUGGAGAAAAUGAAGAAGAAAAGGAAAAGAAAGACAAGAAAAGUAAAAAGCAAGAUGGAGCUAUUGAAAAUCGAAACAAAGCAAAAGCUCAAGAUGGUGCAGCAAUGGAAAUGCAACCCUUAAAAAGCGAAGAUGGUGGCGAUGGCGAAGACAAGAAGAAAAUAAGUAUGCCAAAGAAAGAAAAGUCGGUUCUCCAAGGGAAGCUUACUAAACUGGCCGUUCAGAUAGGCAAAGCAGGUUUGGUAAUGUCUGCUAUUACAGUCAUUAUACUUGUACUCUACUUCGUAAUCAAAACUUUCUGGGUUCAGAAACGGCCUUGGCUUGCUGAAUGUACACCAAUUUAUGUCCAGUAUUUUGUCAAGUUUUUCAUCAUUGGAGUUACAGUUUUGGUAGUAGCUGUGCCAGAAGGUCUUCCACUUGCCGUCACAAUUUCCCUGGCUUAUUCUGUAAAGAAAAUGAUGAAAGAUAACAACUUAGUAAGACAUUUAGAUGCCUGUGAAACAAUGGGUAAUGCUACUGCAAUCUGUUCAGAUAAAACUGGGACAUUAACUAUGAACAGAAUGACUGUGGUGCAGGCGUUUCUAAAUGAAAAGCAUUACCGAAAAAUCCCAGAUGCAGAGACUUUACCUGCGAAUGUGUUGGAUGUCCUUGUGACAGGAAUUUCCGUGAACUGUGCUUAUACGUCUAAAAUAUUGCCUCCUGAGAAGGAAGGUGGCCUGCCUCGUCAUGUUGGUAACAAAACUGAAUGUUCCUUGCUGGGAUUUUUAUUGGAUUUGAAACGGGAUUACCAAGACGUACGAAAUGAGAUCCCUGAAGAAACUUUAUUCAAAGUGUACACUUUUAAUUCCGUGCGCAAAUCCAUGAGCACUGUUUUGAAAAAUACUGAUGGCAGUUACAGAAUGUUCAGCAAGGGUGCCUCUGAGAUUAUCCUUAAAAAGUGCUUCAAAAUUCUUAGUACAGAUGGGGAAUCCAAAGUAUUUAGGCCAAGGGAUAGAGAUGAUAUGGUCAAACGUGUAAUUGAGCCAAUGGCUUCUGAGGGGCUUCGGACUAUAUGCUUGGCUUACCGAGAUUUUCCUGCUGGAGAGCACGAGCCAGAUUGGGAAAAUGAGAAUGAUAUUCUUAGUGGGCUUACCUGUAUUGCUGUUGUAGGAAUAGAAGAUCCAGUAAGACCAGAGGUACCUGAAGCAAUAAGAAAAUGUCAGCGUGCGGGUAUUACUGUUCGGAUGGUUACAGGGGACAAUAUAAACACAGCACGUGCUAUUGCCACAAAGUGUGGCAUCCUUCACCCUGGAGAAGAUUUCCUUUGUAUAGAAGGCAAAGAAUUUAACAGGAGAAUACGCAAUGAGAAAGGAGAGAUUGAGCAAGAACGGAUAGAUAAAAUUUGGCCUAAACUUCGUGUACUUGCAAGAUCUUCCCCAACUGAUAAACACACACUGGUUAAAGGUAUAAUUGACAGCACAGUCUGUGAGCAAAGGCAAGUGGUAGCUGUAACCGGUGAUGGUACAAACGAUGGACCUGCACUGAAAAAAGCAGAUGUUGGUUUUGCUAUGGGGAUUGCUGGAACAGAUGUAGCGAAAGAAGCUUCUGAUAUCAUUCUCACAGAUGACAACUUCAGCAGUAUUGUAAAAGCAGUGAUGUGGGGAAGGAAUGUGUAUGACAGCAUCUCCAAAUUUCUUCAGUUCCAGCUCACUGUCAACGUAGUCGCUGUCAUUGUAGCUUUCACGGGAGCAUGCAUUACACAAGACUCUCCACUUAAAGCUGUUCAGAUGCUCUGGGUGAAUCUUAUUAUGGACACUUUUGCAUCUCUCGCUCUGGCGACUGAACCACCAACGGAAUCACUUUUAUUACGGAAACCUUAUGGUAGAAAUAAACCUCUCAUAUCUCGCACUAUGAUGAAGAACAUUUUGGGUCACGCUGUCUACCAGCUUGUUGUUGUCUUCACACUUUUGUUUGUUGGUGAAAAGCUUUUUGAUAUUGACAGUGGAAGAAAUGCUCCCCUCCAUGCUGCCCCUUCUCAACACUAUACCAUUGUCUUUAAUACGUUUGUCAUGAUGCAGCUGUUUAAUGAAAUAAAUGCACGAAAAAUUCACGGGGAAAGAAAUGUUUUUGAAGGGAUAUUUAACAAUAUGAUCUUCUGCAGCAUUGUAUUUGGUACUUUUGUUAUACAGAUUAUUAUUGUGCAGUUUGGUGGAAAACCAUUUAGCUGUACUGAGCUGACGGUAGAUCAGUGGUUGUGGUCAGUUUUCCUGGGUAUGGGAACAUUACUUUGGGGCCAGCUGGUAACAACAAUACCAACUAGUCGCCUGAAGUUUCUUAAAGAAGCAGGUCAUGGGACUCAUAAAGAUGAGAUUCCUGAAGAAGAGUAUGCUGAGGAUGCAGAAGAAAUAGAUCAUGCAGAAAGAGAAUUACGUCGCGGUCAGAUCUUGUGGUUUAGGGGCCUGAACAGAAUACAGACUCAGAUGGGAUGGUCCUUUCUCUUGUUCUCUCUCUCUCUUGCUGAGCAAGCUGUCACAAUCUCUGAUUCCUUGCAGAUGGAUGUAGUGAAUGCUUUCCAAAGUGGAAGUUCCAUUCAGGGGGCUUUAAGGCGGCAACCCUCCAUCGCCAGCCAGCAUCAUGAUGUAACAAAUAUUUCUACCCCUACACAUAUCCGAGUGGUGAAUGCAUUUCGUAGUUCUUUGUAUGAAGGCUUAGAAAAGCCAGAAUCACGAAGCUCUAUCCACAAUUUUAUGACACACCCAGACUUUAGAAUUGAAGAUUCUGAGCCUCAUAUUCCGCUUAUUGAUGACACAGACGCUGAAGAUGAUGCUCCAACAAAACGUCACUCUACUCCACCACCAUCACCCAACAAAAAUAACAAUGCUGUUGACAGUGGAAUACACCUUACAAUAGAAGCGAACAAAUCCGCUACCUCUUCAUCCCCAGGCAGCAGUCCGCUACAUAGUCUGGAGACUUCACUCUGAUUGUAAGAUGAAUGUUACAGUAACAUACUAGCUGAUUUGCAAUGAAACAAAUUGAAACUGGGUCCUUUCACACAUUGUUGCUGGUAGGAGAGAAUUCCUGCCUUGGACUUCAAAAGAAGACACACUUGUAUGAAUGUAGAUUUAUUUUUUUAAGAAAAAAAUGUUUUCUGCCAGACUGAGGGUGCUUUUCUUUGGGAGGGAAAAGGGAUGGGUUUAGGGGAUCGAACUCAGACAGAUAUACAGUAACUCGGCAAAAGUGACCUGCAGAACAUCAGUUAUAAUAAACAAAAACAAUGAUUGGCCUGGACAGUGUGUUAGCAAUGCUCUAGUUCAUAUUGAUCCUUCAUAUUUUUUUUUUUCUUGGGCCCUGGGUCAUUGAAUUGAUUAUUUAUGUAAUAAAUGAUACAGAACUGUUUACAAAGUUUAUAGAUAUUUUUGUUCCUGUUAAUAGAAGGGAAAUUUCCUUAAAAUAAUGAAUGGAAAGUUCUUUAAACACUGCUGUAUUUUCAUGAAAGAGGUGUUUCUAUUGAACCUGUACUAAAUUUUUGCCUGCAAUUUAUGUGUUCAAUAUUGUAGAUAAAUUGCUAAGACUAAUAGCCAAAUAGAAAACACUAAUGCUUUGUAAGAAAAACACAAGCAGCAGUGUUCUUAUGAAAAUUAUGGCCUCUGUCCUUUAGUUUCUUUAAAAGACACAUUUACUACUUAAUGGUUUUCAAAUUAUUGUUUUUUUUAUGUUUCAAAAAUGAUAAUUUUGUUCCAAAGCUCAAAGGAAUUUUGUGUAAAGCAGGACAUUGUCUGGCGGACUUUGCUUGAAAUCCUUUUGCUAUCUCCGUCAAAAUAUAUAAAAUCAAAAUACAUCAAAAAUUAGUCCCAUUUUUGUCUUAACCUGUUAGUUUUAGAUCUGUCUUGGUGAACUGUGAGUGGAACCGUGUUGAUUUUCUAAUAAAUCUAUAGAUGACCUUCAUACAGCAUGAGGGCUGUUGGCAUUUUGAAAAAAAAAAGAAAAAAAAAAAGAAAUAAUUGUUACUACUAGGAAAGUAGUACAAGUUAUAAAUGUUUUCAUUUUUUGUUUUUGAAACUUGUUUGUAAACACAAAUAAACAUGCCCUUUUAUUAAAUACACACGCAGCAAUGUUUCUUUGCUAAAAAACAUUCAUUUUUCAGACCAAAAUGUAGUUUAUACAUUUAAUGUACUUAUGUUUCAAGAUGGUAACAGCCCCAUGAUAUUGUUGUGAAAAUGUGUGCAAAGGAUUGGCGGCUGCAAUAAAGUAUUGGUAACUGCAAUAAAAAUGUACAUAAAAGGGAUUUAACAUUGUCAGAUAUGUAAGAACAUUAGAUGAAGUAACAUUGUUGUGUACUGUUUUUUUAUUUUGUGUGUUUGGGCAUUGUUCACAUAGUUUAUUUAUAACUUUGUUUUCCCUCUUCAAAAUAUCAUUGUUAUCAAGGGGGUGUCAAAAAGAAAAAUCAACAUAAAAUUUGCACAAAAAGAGAGAUUACUUGUGCAGUAUUUUUUUGUGAAAAUAAGUACCAUUACCCAACUUUUAUCUCCAAAAUAUAUAAUUGCCAAGUCUGAAAGGGCUUAAUACGUAAAUCAUGGUUGCCUUUUUCAAAUUAGUUUAAUUGAAAUGUGUUUUUUUUUUUGUGAAUUGUUUCCCAAGUUAAAUUACAUUUGUGUGUUUAUGGAAAGAAUGUUGUUUUUCUGUGCUUUCAUAUGAACUAAUUUCUCACUUUGCAAAAUUAAAAAUGGUCUAACUAAGCCAUAUGCUUAACAGUG